AUGACUAACACUGCAAGUCCCAUCGAAGAACCUGUCCGUGAGGAGACGGUGGAGGAUAAAGAAUUCCAGCGGGCGUUGGAACUGGUUGAAAAGAGACUCAAAGACAUGGAAGCCGAUUACGAGGAAACUCUAGCAGCUGAGAGACCCAAGGAAGAGGUGAAGGGGACUUCUAUCGAGGAAUUCGGGUAUGGACCUCUCCGUAGUGAUAGCGACGAGAGCAGUGACGAUGAAGAGGAGGAAUUCGGAGCCUUCAUCUCUGGAGAAGUUCGAGAGGAAGGCAUCAAGGGGUCACCAAGUGUUAUCCAUCCGAAGCA